AUGGAAUUAAAAUGUGAAUUUAGAUAUUUCUAUUUGCUUGGAAUUGGGCGUAAAUACACGAGUACUAUUGAUUCAUCUUCAAUAACGAAGCCAAACACGAUCAUCCAAACAAUUAAUGGACAACAUUUGGAUGGAAAAAGUGACAAAGAUGUCGAAGCGAUUUUGUUUAUUGGUACAACAGUCAACUACUUCCCUCAAGGAUUGAACGAAAUUUUUCCGAAUUUGAAAGCUGUUUAUAUUGGUAGAUGUGGAUUGAAAUCAAUAACACGAAGAGAUUUGGAUGGACUAGAAAAUAUUGAGGUACUGCGAUGUUAUGAAAACAAAAUCACUUCACUUCCCGACAAUCUGUUUAGGAAUAUGAACAAACUUAUUGACGUUUCAUUCAGCGACAAUGAUCUGCAAUGCAUGUCUUCAGAUGUUCUCAAGCCAAUAUUGAAAAAUGAUUUAAAAUUCGUAGACUUUCGUGAAAAUCGUUCCAUUGAUGCUGUUUAUUGUAACUCAUCUUAUCCGCAAGAAAUCAUUGGAAAUAAAGUUGAUUCUGUAACCAAGUUGAUGGCCUUGAUUGGUGAGAAAUGUGAUAAGCUAAUAAAGAGCGAUAAGGAAAUGUUUUUAAUCGCAGCUCUAGAAGGGUUCAAGGAACUUUGGACGACUGGCCGUUUAUCGGACAUCACGAUUGUCACUGACACGGAGAAAUUCAAAGUACAUAAAUUUGCUUUGGCUAUGCAAAGUUCAGUUUUCACUUCAAUUUUCGAAAAUGUGAUGAAGGAUCGACCAUCUGACGAAAUUCAAAUGAAAAACAUAGAUCCCGAAGUUGCAAAGACUUUCCUGAAAUUUUUCUACACCGGUGAAGUCGAAAUUGAAGAAAUUUCAAAUCUGCUGGAACUUUUCGCACUCGCAGCAAAGUUCAAAGUGGAAACUUUAAUGUCAAUCAUUGAAGACAUGAUCAUAGAUGAUCUAAACGAUGAUAAUGCAAUUGAAAUAUAUGAACUUGCUUGUCGCUUUAAUUGUGAUGGAAUGAAAACUUCAGCAUUUGAAUUCAUUCAAUCGAUGUUUGAUGAACCAUUGAAAGACGAACUGAUGAACCAACCAGAAAUUUUAAAAGAACUUGUUGAAGCUAAGCAAAAAAUAAAUUCAAUACUGAAGAAACAAAAACUGGCUUAA